CUAAUCCAAUGAAAACCUCCACUACAAGUUCGGCAACUCAAGUGUCAACUGUUUUCAAAAAUGAGGUAGCUGAGUUACAAUGUGAACUGUCGAAAACACGAAAAGACCUGAAUGAGAUGAGAGAGCAACUGAUUAAAAUUGAGGAAUUACUGCAUAUGCAUAGACUACGUCUGGUGAAUGCAGAGCAUACAAGUACCCGUGAAAGUCCUGCAAAACUUUUCAAAUCUCGAAUUCUCAAAAAGCAUCUGAUGUCCACGACUUCUAAUGUACAUUAUUACAAAGAUAAUAACUAUAGACCUUCUGUUGGAAUUAUACUACAAAAAAUGGGAAAUCGAGUGGUGAAGAUAUUAGACAUCAAAGAUCACUCAGUUCAUAACGGACACCUGGACAAAGUGACAAUAAAUGAAGUAGGUCGUUCCAAUUAUUAUUUUAAUGAUUCCGCUAAUAAUCCUGAUUUUGUAGAUAAUUCAGAAAUAAGUCCAGAUAAUACUGAUGAAAAUAAUAUCACAGAAUCAGUUAGGUCGCAGCUACUUGCAAGCAAACCGAGACAUCGUUAUAAAUACGCAAGGAGAUAUUCGAGGUGUGGCGGAUGUGGUGAUUGACAAUUUCUAUCUCUGUAUUGUUUAAAUACUUACUGUUGACUGUUGAUAUGUUUCUUAUAUGAAUUGCAUAAGAAUUCCG